GCUCCCUCCUCCCGGCACCACCACCGCCACCACGCUAACUUCCCAGAGAUCCGGGGCCUCCUGCGCAGCCAGGAGCCGAACCGGUCGUAUCAUGGAGUUGCUGUCCACCCCGCACAGCAUCGAGAUCAACAACAUCACGUGUGACUCGUUCCGGAUCUCCUGGGCCAUGGACGUUGGCGACCUGGACAGAGUCACCCACUACUUCAUUGACCUGAACAAGAAGGAGAACAAGAACUCCAACAAAUUCAAACACCGGGAUGUCCCUACCAAGUUGGUGGCCAAGGCAGUUGCCCUGCCCAUGACGGUGAGGGGCCAUUGGUUCCUGAGUCCCAGGACGGAGUACAGUGUGGCAGUGCAGACAGCCAUCAAGCAGAGCGAUGGGGAAUAUCUUGUAUCUGGAUGGAGCGAGACAGUCGAAUUCUGCACUGGUGACUACGCGAAGGAGCAUUUGGCCCAGCUGCAGGAGAAAGCCGAACUCAUUGCAGGAAGGAUGCUCCGCUUUUCGGUCUUCUAUCGGAACCACACCAAGGAGUAUUUCCAGCAUGUCAGGAUGCACUGUGGGAACACCAUGAAGCCGUACCUGAAGGACAACAGCGGCAGCCACGGCUCGCCCACCAGCGGCAUGCUCCACGGCAUCUUCUUCAGCUGCAACACCGAGUUCAACACCGGCCAGCCGCCCCAGGACUCCCCUUACGGCCGCUACCGCUUCCAGAUCGCCGCCCAGCGCUUCUUCGGCCCCAACACCAACCUCUACUUUGCGGACUUCUACUGCAUGUACACGGCCUACCACUACGUGGUGCUGGUGCUGGCGCCCAAGGGCUCUCCGGGAGACCGCUUCUGCCAGGAGCGCUUGCCUCAGUUGGACAUCUCUUGCAACAAGUUCCUGACCUGCUGCGUGGAAGACGGGGAGAUCGUCUACCGCCACGCUCAGGACGUCAUCCUGGAGAUCAUCUACACCGAGCCGGUCGACCUCAGCCUGGGCGUCCUGGGGGAGAUCAGCGGGCACCAGCUCAUGAGCCUGUCCACCGCCGACGCCAAGAAAGAUCCCAGUUGCAAGACGUGCAAUAUCAGCGUGGGUCGCUAGAGACUGGAGGGGAGGUCUCUGCACAUGCAAGGCCCUCAGGAAUGGAAGUGGCUACCGGAGAGCCCCCGACGGGGAGUCAAGGGCAGUGGGCUGGGGAUUCAGGCCCAUCACGGCACACCCACCAGCCCCACACCUGUCUCUCUCUCUCGGUCUCUUCCCUAUUGUCUUGCAUGUUUGCUUAGCCAUUGUAAAUAAGGUCCCAACGCAGGGGAGAGAUGGAGUCAGGGACGCUUCGCAGGGUCUGUUCUUCUAGCACAGUGUUUCUCAACCUUCCCAAUGCCGCGACCCCUGAAUCCAGUUCCCCAUGUUGUGGUGACCCCCAACCAGAACAUUAUUUUCUUUCCUACUUCAUAACUGUAAUUUUGCUAUUGUUAGGAAUCGUAAUGUAAAUAUCUGAUAUGCAGGAUGAAUUUUCAGUCACUGGACCAAAUUUGGCACAAAUACCCAAUACUCCCAAUACUGUUGGGGUUGGAGGGGAUUGAUUACGUCAUUUAGGAGUUGUAGUUGAUGGGAUUUAUAGUUCACCUACAAUCAAAGAGCAUUCUGAACUCCACCAAUGAUGGAAUUGAACCAAACUUGGCACACAGAACUCCCACAACUGACAGAAAAUAUUGGAAGGGUUUGGUGGACAUUGACCUUGAGUUUGGGAGUUGUAGUAUACCUACACCCAGACUCAAAUGAUAGAUCAGGACCAAACUUGGCACGGAUACUCAAUAUGCCCACAUGUAAACA